AUGGAAAUGCGUCACCUCCGAGCUUUAGGCUUACACGGGCAGGAGGCAUUGUGCAGAAUACUGUGGCUCAGCGAUAUUGGCCAGGGCAUUGGUCGCUUGCUGAAAACUGCUGGUUUUCGAGUUAUUGGAUUCAAACGACGUAUCAACGUGGGAGAUACUGAAAAACUACAGGAAUGUGCCGACCGCGUGUCCAAUAACUUGAUCGACGUCUUGAGUGUGGCCAAUUAUGUCGUCAACAUAAUUGUUGACGACAUAAUUGGCCACCUCAAGACGUCUUUUGCCCAGUACGACUGCAACGCGCGGACUCUUGAAUUUCAAGACAUUGGAGAACUAGUAGCGGUGCUGGAUGAAGGACUGUUUUCAAAGGCGGUGCUGGAUGAAGGACUGUUUAAGGGGGCAUUAAGUCUUCCGGACGAAGUAGCAGAUGUGUUUGUGAAGACUCUGGAUUUGCGUCUAAAUGAACAGCCGAUGCUGUACGAAGUAGACUGGGCGAACGGAUAUUAA